CAACAGGUUGUGAUAUAUCUACCCGUGGCAUCUUAUUGCCACGUUCCCAUAAAAUCUCAACUGAUGUCAGAUUUCAUCCUCACCCUGGACAAGAAAAGUUAUAACCAACCAAAUAAAUGUAGAGGAAGAAUGAAUGUCUUCAAAAGACCCCUUUCUUUCUGUUCCUCUCUUCUAGAAACCAAAUGUGCUGAGAGAAGUCUUGGUGGAAGAAGAUCAGAUCACAGGCAGCUGAAAUGGAAUCUGUGAAUGUUUCCACUGAGAUGGAAAGCAACACUUCAAUACAUUGUCUGAACACGCAGCAGAGCACUGAUCGAGUAGUACACGUGUUCCCACAAAUUGUCUUGAUCACUGAGAUGAUCGUGGGCUUGCCAGGAAGCAUACUUGCUUUGUGGAUUUUCUGUUUCCGUCUGAAAGUCUGGAAAACCCACGUUUUCUUCCUCUUCAACCUGCUGCUGGCUGACUUCCUGCUCCUCGCCAGCGUGCCCUUCCGCAUCGACACCCACCUGCGAGGGGGAGACUGGGUGUUUGGACGACUGUGGUGCUCCAUCAACCUCUUCAUGCUGUCUGUCAAUCGCUCUGCCAGCAUUGCCUUCAUGACCGUUGUGGCGUUGGACCGUUACUUCAAGGUGGUCCACCCCCACCACUGCAUCAACCGAAUCAGUCUAAUCCAGGCACGCUGGCUUUCUGCACUCAUGUGGAUUACCGUGAUUCUCUUUCAGAUUCCCUUUUUGACCACCGACACUCUACACACUAAUGGAAAUGUCUCCCUCUGUCAUACGUUUCUUUCUUAUAAAGUAACCCCGGGAGCGAUGAAGGUUCAUUAUGUGGCCUUCACCGCAGAGUUCUUCCUGCCCUGGCUCUUGCUGCUUUUCUGCUCUUUUCGGAUCGCCUCCCACCUCCGCCAGCGGGAAAUGGACAAGCAGAAGAGGGUCCGGAGGGCCAUUCAGGCAGUGUUUGUGAUUAGUGCGGUGUUCACCUUCUGCUUCAUGCCAAGUGUUAUCACAGGCUUGCUGGGCCUGUGUUUCAAGGCGUACCACCCACUGGACUGCAAAUCCUACAAUCGUAUCAUCCGGCUCUUCACCUUGAGCAUCGGCUUGACCUACCUCAAGAGCGCCCUGGACCCCAUCAUCUACAUUUUCUCCAGCGCAAUGUUUUGUGCUGCUCUAAAGAAGUCGUUCAGCUUCAGGAGGAGGAGACAGAUGGAAGGAGUCACUCAGCAUUGAUUCACUGAGAGUUGUGGAUCUACAACAGUAACACCUGCAUUGCAAGGCAGCUGUGGUGAAGAUUGUGAUCCAUGAUUAUUGAUUUGUUUGGAGUCCUUUUUCUGAUUAGAUUGCAUGAACUGCCGUCAAUCAUUAAAACUCUCAUUUGUGUGUUGCUAUAUACAUUUUUUUACCCAAUUGUGAAUGUACUGACAUAUUACAGAAGUGACUGCAAGGUGCUGGUUCGAGUCCGGCAGCAGAAUUCAUUAUGGAAACGCGAAAGUUCACAUUUUUCCCAGCAUAAUCUGUGAACAAGGAUCCUAUGAAUGAACACUGAGCAAGACCUUGCCAGUGUGGAAAUGUGACAAAUAAAUGUAUUUCUUCUUUCUUCUUCUUACAGUGUUCACAUUUUCCUAAAUGCUGUUGCUGUCUGGUAACUUGGUGCUGUAUUUUAUGAUGAUGUAUACAGU